AUGGACCGGGACAAUCAAACCACAGUGAGUGAGUUCAUCCUGCUGGGACUGACAGAUCAUCCACAGCUGCAGGUCCUCCUUUUUGUGUUGUUCUUUGUGAUCUAUGUCAACACCCUUUUAGGGAAUUUUGGGAUGAUCACAGUGAUCAAAGUCAAUCUCCAACUUCACACCCCCAUGUAUUUUUUCCUCAGUAAUUUGUCUGUUCUAGACCUCUUCUAUUCUUCAGUCUCUGCUCCCAGGUUGCUGGUUUACUUCUUAAUGGAAAGCAAAACCAUUUCUUAUGGUGCAUGUAUCACUCAAUUUUCCUUUUUUGCUCUUUUAGUAACCACAGAAGCAUUUCUGCUGGCCAUGAUGGCAUAUGACCGUUAUCUAGCCAUCUGUAACCCACUACUCUAUACUGUUACUAUGCCCAGAAGAAUCUGUAUACAGCUGUUUUCUGGAUCCUACAUUGGAGGGCACACAAACUCACUGGUAUACACUUGUGGAUUCCUGGGACUGCCAUUCUGUGGGCCUAAUGCCAUCAAGCAUUUCUUCUGUGAUCUUCCUCCCUUGCUAGAGCUUGCCUGCUCUGACACACACAACAAUGAAACUCUGCUCUUAGUCUUCUCUGGAAUUAUAGCUGCCUUCUCCCUCUCAAUGAUUUUCAUCUCCUAUCUGUACGUUCUGUCUGCCAUCCUGAGGAUUUGCUCUGCUGAGGGUAGGCGUAAAGCUUUCUCUACUUGUAUCUCCCACCUAACAGCUGUCACUGUGUUCUAUGGAUCCAUUACUUUCAGUUAUAUCCAACCCAGUUCCAGCUACUCAUUGGAGCAGGAGAAAGUCUCUUCUGUAUUUUAUUCCCUUGCGGUCCCUAUGCUGAACCCUAUAAUCUACAGCCUGAGGAACAAAGAGGUGAAGGAUACCCUAAGAAGGUUAAUAGCUAGGAAAAACUUUCUCAGAUAA